AUGGUUGUUUCAUCUGAAACUGCAUCUUUCGCUUAUCAAUCGACCACUGUGGUCAUGCUAAACAUGAAGCCUAGUCAAAAUCUAAUUCUCGAUCAUACCGCCUCAUGCUACAAUGAAGCCCUAAGGCCGAUGGUGGAAUGUUUGUGUGUCUCGCCACUGGCUCAAGCUCUAACCAUGGCAAAAUUCGUUCCUCUCAUCCAUCUUUCAAAGGCAUAUUUUUCUGCUUCUUUCGUUCAAGUGGAUGAUGUGAUUCACUUUGAGGUUGCUUCAUGUAAUACCUUUAUUACCAAAGCUCUUCUCUGCAGAAUGUUAAGGUUUGGUUCAUCUGACAUCCUUGUUGAUCCUAAUUCGAUUUCCGCAACUGUUCUAAUCGACUUGUUUUUACCAAAUGGGCUACAUUGGGGAUCUGUCUCUGUUAUCCAAGUUCAAGAAGCCCAAUCUUCCUCCCAUGUGGAAUGGUCUAUUCACGUUGUUGUUCAAGAACUUCUCUGA